UUACAAAAGAAAUUAUGAAAUGUAUUGGAAUAUCUGCCCCAGGUCCACACGCCUUUAUCCUCGUGCUCAAAAUCAAGCGGUUUACGAAAGAGGAAAACGAUACCAUCAAUUACUUCAGAGAGGUGUUUGGAGAAGGGAUGCUGAACUACCUGUUUGUAUUGUUUACAGGGAUAGAUGAUCUGGAAGCCGAAGAACGCACACUGGAGGACUAUGUUACUAAGGCCCCAGCAGAUCUUAAAACUCUUCUCAAAGAUUGUCAUGGAAAGUAUUUUGGAAUAAACAACCGCGAAAAAGAUCAGAACCGAAAGGAAAAGCAAGUCUCAGACCUAAUGUUGAAUAUUAAAUCAAAUGUUUUGAAGAACGGCGGAAAACAUUAUACAACUGAGAUGUUGGAAGCUGCAGAAGAACAAAUGAGAAAGAGAGAACAGGAAAUAUUGAAACAGAAGGAAGAGGAACUUCGCAGGCAAGAGCAACAAAUAAUGGAAAAAUUCGAAGCAACACAAGCAAAGAUAGAAGAAAAGUAUAGAAAGGAAAAGGAAAGAAUGCAAAGAGAAUUGGCGCUGAUAGAGAAAGAAAAUAAAGCACGAAUGGAGGCAUUAGCUGAAAAGCAAAAGAGAGAAGCAGCCGAAGCUAAAGCUCGCCAAGAUGAAUACAUUGCCAGACUGCAGAAAGAAGGGGAACUGCAGCGAGCAGAGAUGGAGAAACGACAACUCCAAGAGGAGCGAGAGCGAGAGCGGGCGCAAAAAGAAGAAGAAAGGAAACGAAUUGAACAAGAACACGAGAAACGAAUUGAAUCAGAAUUACAGAAAAUACGGGACAAGUUGGUCCGGGAUGAAGAGGAACGCAAACGACGGGAAGAAGAGGUUGAAAAACUUAUGAAAAAGAAAGAAGAGGAGGCUUUGAUAAAAGCGAGGGAAAAGGCGAGAGAAGAAACAGAAACUGGUGGUGGUGUCAUGGGUUAUCUCUGGAACGGUGUAAAAUACUGGUUAGGUUGGUGAUAUACCUUAAGUCCUGUUAGAUGGUUUAUCACUUGGUAGAUAGCUAGCAUCGCACGUUAACGUUUAGAGACUACGAGCAUUUCCUUGCAGAUAUCUAAUUGGAUAAAGGUUAUUCACCGACUACAUUCAUAAUCCUCCAGAGGAAUUAAAAACCCACCAGAAUCACGUGGCAUUAUUUAAUUUUUUCUCUCUCUAAUAUUUGUAUAUAGAACUUGUUUUGUUUUAACUAAUUAUAGCAAUUGAACAGAUGGCAUCGUAUAAACCUAUGUCUUCCCAAGUUUUGUUUCUGUGGAGUUAUGUCUCUUGGAAAUCGCCUGCUGUGGGACACGACAUCCACUAUAUAUAAUAUGGAAUGAUUCAGGACCGUUGUACUCUCACCAUGGAAUCAACCACUGGCCAUACCAGAGACUGGACCCAUGUGGGCAUUCCUCAACAUUUAAUGGCCAUGGGCAUUAUGAAGCUAUUUAGACUUGGACUUUUAGUUUUUUUUUUUUGUUUUUUUAGGUUACGAGAAAUGUCCUACAUGGCUGUUGUAGGGUUUGUUUUAUUUGUUUAGCUUAAGAAAAAUGAUGCUGUUCUUAACAUGUUUCCAACUAACGCCUAGAUACUGAUGUUACAUAUUAAUAAAUAUUUUUGUUCAGAA